AUGAAAAAUUUGAGUUUUGUCUUCUUUCUUGUUUUCAGCGAGAUAGGAAAGGCGAUCGAGACAGUUGACGAGAGAAAAAAUGAUUUUCGCCUUGCAAAACGAUUUUCCUAUUUCUGGAAAGACGCGAGUAACGAUGCCGCCCUUUUGAACACUGAAAUGAACCUGCUUUCCGAAUUGAAUCAGCGGCUCGAAGCGCCGGUCGCACUGGAAGACGGAAACCAACGAAUGAAAUAUGAACAGGCGAGAAGACUGCUUGGACAGCGAUUAGCCGCAAAAGUGGACAACCUCGUCGACGCGCCAGAAUUUCUGAGACGCUACCACUUCCAGAGCCAGGAGCCGUCGAAUCAGAAUCUUUGGGACAUCACACGCUAG